AUGAUUGAUACCGUCAUAUCGGCCGAAAUUCCAGAUCAAACCAUCGACCCAGGAUUAUUCGAAGUUGUCACGAAAAAUAUGAUUCACGGUCCCUGUGGUGAUAUUAAUCGAAAUUCACUUUGUAUGAUUGAUGGUAAAUGUUCGAAACGUUUUCCAAAGCAAUUGAUUGCUGAAACAAUUACAGGAGAUGAUGGAUAUCCACAGUAUCGUCAACGAUCAACUGACGACAACGGUAAAUCAACUUAUGUGAAUAAGGGCAGCGAUAUGGCUGUUUUUGGAGUGGCUCCUGAGAAUAAUCAUGACGAAAUUUUGCAGUACCAAAUGGGGCGCUUUAUUAGUACGAAUGAAGCUGUAUGGCGUAUUUUAUCGUUUCCAAUUCAUGACAGACAUCCGGUUGUUGUACAUUUGGCAGUUCAUCUUGAAAACGGGCAACGUGUUUACUACACUGCUGCAAAUGCCGAACAAAGAGUAGUAGAGGAGACACCAGUAACUACACUGACAGCUUAUUUCCAGUUAUGUGAAACUGAUGAAUUUUCCAGGACUUUGCUAUAUUCGGAAGUGCCUCACUAUUUCACAUGGAAUGCAUCAACAAAAAAAUUUCAACGUCGCAAACAAGGCACACCUGUUGAUAGUUAUCCAGGUAUUUUUCGAACAGAUGCUUUGGGACGCAUUUAUACAGUUAGUCCAGCUAAUGUUGAAUGUUUUUACUUGCGACUUUUGUUGGUGAACGUACAUGGUCCUCAAUCAUUCCAACAUUUACGAACUGUUAAUGGUCAAUUGUGCGCAACAUACCGUGAAGCAUGUCAACACUUGCAUUUGCUGGAAGAUGAUACGCAUUGGGAUGCUACGCUUCGUGAUGCAUCAAUUGUUUCUCCACCAAUUCAAAUUCGUAUGUUAUUUGCGAUCAUAAUAUCAACAUGUUUUCCAUCAAAUCCACUGGAAUUGUGGAAUAAAUACAAAGAUUUUAUGGCUGAAGACAUUUUGAUUCGACUUCGACAUCGUUCCAAUGAUCCUGCAUUGCUGCUGACAUUGGAAAUGUAUAAUGAAGCCUUGAUAAUGAUCGAAGAUUUGUGCCUUACGAUUGCAAAUAAGGCAUUAGGGCAAUUAGGAUUGACUCCACCAAAUCGUCCAAUGCAUGAUUUAUUUGAACGAGAAUUGCAACGCGAACUGCAAUUCGAUCGUAAUGAAUUGCGUGCGUUCGUACAAACGUAUACUCCACAAUUAAAUGAUCAACAAAAAUAUGUAUAUGACACAGUGAUGCAAGCUGUCAAUGACAACACUGGUGGAUUGUAUUUUUUGGAUGCACCUGGCGGCACUGGAAAAACAUUUUUGAUUUCAUUAAUACUGGCAGUUCCUAUCGUGAAUUCAAUGAGUGCGGUCAUAGACAAAACUCAGUGA